CAAAUGUUUUACUGACAUGCAUGGCCUAUACAUACAAAGUGGCACAGGCAAAUCAAAUCAUUUCCACAAGGCGAGCUCCCUGCCAUGCAGCAUUGAGGGCGUGGCAUACAGGAUGAAAAGGGGUGGGACAAGGAACUGCGUGGUGGUGAGUGACAGCUCUCGUACUCUUUUUUUAUCCCAGCCGCUUCCACAGUUCCUGCCAUUGUGUGAACCCCCCCCCCCUCUAUCUCUCUCUCUCCCUCUCUGUCUGUCUCUCUUUCUCUCUCUUUCUCUCUACACCUUCGUUGAAAUAUUCCAUUAAUAUAAUAUUUGUUUCCUUUCCUCAUUAACCAAUUAACUGUAAAGUUACAACAAAGAGCAAACCCAGUUUAGGUUUUUCUUUCUUUUUUCGGCUGCCAGGGUAACGUUUACUUCCGGUUCAGCUGUAACUCUUCAAGAGGGAACAGCUUAAAGUCCAGGAAUGUCAUAUGCAGAACAAACGGGUAGGAGGUGAUGACAGGAGAAACAGACACAGAAAUACCAGAAACAGGUGCUGUAUUCACCUUUGGAAAGAGUAAAAUAGCGAACAAUGUACCCAGCAGGUUAUGGCUAAAGAAUGAUAUACCUGUGCACAUCUCAUGUGGACAGUCACACUCUGCCUUUGUAACAGAGCAGGGCCGUUUGUUUGUGUUUGGAAAUAAUAACAGAGGUCAGCUUGGUCUUCGAACCAAAGGACCGGUGAAUAAACCAACCUGUGUUAAAGUUCUUAGAGGGGAGAGAGCUCAGUUUGUUGCCUGCGGGACUGAUCACACACUCGUAAGCACCUCACAAGGGGACAUUUUUGCAGCUGGAGGAAACAGUGAUGGACAGCUGGGAUUGGGCCACUGUAAUGACAGCGUUUCUUUCCAGCGGCUCCACCCCUUUUGUGACUAUGUUCCAAUCAAAUUGCUCUCUGCAGGUGGCCACACCUCUGCUGCGCUUACAGAGGAUGGCAGGCUGUUUCUGUGGGGUGAUAACUCUGUUGGUCAGCUUGGUUUGGGGAAUGAAAGUCAUGCCUUAUUGCCUAAAGAGCUGAAGCUGGGACAGUCCAUUCAGUGGGUCUCAUGUGGAUAUAGACACUCAGCUCUGGUCACAGAAAAUGGGGAUGUUUUCAGUUUCGGGGAGAGUGCAGAUGGACGAUUGGGUCUUUCUGCUCAUCAGCUGGCCAACCACAGUGACCCUCAGCGAGUGGACUCUCUGCACGGGGUUCUGCAGGUGGCCUGUGGAGGCAAACACACGCUAGCACUUACAGAGGAUGAAUUAUAUUCUUUUGGCCGUGGGGAGUUUGGGCAGCUGGGGUUGGGGACACUUAUGUUUUUAGCAGACACACCUGUUGCUGUUGGCCACUUCAGGAAAGGCCGGGUCACUCAUGUCACAUGUGGUGAAAACCACAGCGCACUAAUAACAGACAGUGGUCUUCUCUACACAUUUGGAGAUGGCCGUCAUGGGAAGUUGGGCCUUGGAGAUGAGAACUUCACCAAUCAGUUCAGUCCAACUGUAUGCCAAAGGUUCUUUGAUUACUCUGUCGUGACUGUGGCAUGUGGUUCCAGUCACAUGCUGGUGUUCGCACGGCCACGGCAACAGGAAAGUGAAGAAGUUUGUUUAGAGGAUGAAGAUGUUACCUACUCUUACCUGGACAGGUGUUACACCUCAAUGUUACAGGGGCAACCUUUAGAGCAUAUUCCAGAGCCAGUGCCUGCUCUGUUCUCACAACCCACCUUUCUCCCCUCAUCUCUUCCAACAUCUCACCGCUGGAGCCUAUCGACACGUGCGAGACGAAGACAGAGGGAGAACUCAUCUGCACAGUUUGGCCCAGAAUUUAGCAAUCUUCCUCCUCCCACAACUGGCUUUACUGCACUAGCCCUGACAGGCAACAUCUUACAACCCAGAUCUCCGACAGACGCUCCUAAAUGCUUCAAAACUGAAGCCUUUGUGGAAUCUGCUUCUACCUCAGUCACACUGCCUGCCAGGACAACGCCACUCACACAGAUCACAAAGAAUGAAGAGGACUUCCAUAGUGUUGGAACAUCUGAAAACAGCAUAUCGGACAAGACACAUGAAGAGAAUAAGCAUUCUGGGAUGGUGGAGAAUAUACCUCAACGGGUUCCACCCACCAAAGAACAGGCUGGUUCUGUGUCCCAUUCAUCAGUGACAGAAUCUCCUCUAUCGUGCAGCUUUAAAAACAAGAAGCCCAGGUCCGGCGAUCCAAAGAACCCUGCCAUGGCGCAGGAACAUUCUUCUGUUCUAGCAUCAAGAAGCAAAAAGCAAUCCAAAACAUACAACAAAACUCUCCACAGUACAAAAAAAGUCAGAUUAUCUUCAGAUAGAUUGUCAGCUAAGGAAAAGGAGGGAAGCAGUGAAACAUGUAGUACUUACAUUGAUCCAAGGGACAAAACUUCAAAUGCAGACAAAUAUAGUAAAGUUAAAAACCCAGAUUCCAGAGGUCAAGAGGUCACUACUCUUGCUGAGAUGGAGAAGAAGACCAAAUCAAGUCCAUUUGAAAUUCAAAAGACUUUCUCCAGAAGUUCUCCAGUUCAGGAAGUUGAACAAGUUAGAACAAUGCCCAUAAAAGUUCAAGAGGUGAAAUCUCUCAAAAUCAAAGAGAUGGGUAUUCCAGUAGGAUCAACAAAAAGGGUCAAGACCCAAAUCAAGGAUCAAAACAUGCCCUCCGGCUCCACAGAGGUUAGCAAAGUUGAAUCAACACCUCAGGCAGAAUCUGAAAGAGACAUCAAGCCAUCCCUUGGAAAUGCUCAAGAGCUCAGAUCAACAUUGAUCAACACACAGGAACAGGGAAACUCAACACCAGUCAAGAUUCCAGCUAAAAUGCAAAGCACCUCAAAAAAAGAAAAAGAAAAUAAUGAUGUUGACACAGAAGAAAGCCUAAGUGAACCAAAGAAGGUUACACCAAAGAAAACCAAAAAGAAGGGAUCAAAUAUGAAAAGAGCCCCGAUGUCAGAAACAGCACCCAAAACACCCGGUCCUCUAUCAGUUUCUAUACCCACACGAAUAUCUAAAGGAAAAAAGGGAAAACCUUUGGAGUCUAAGAACUCAAGCUUGCAGCUUAAACAUGCAAUGCCAGCACAAGAAAAAGUAGAAAUCAAAAGGGAAGAUGAUAAAAUACCUCAGAACUCUGAUAUAUCAUUUCCCUUAAUAAAGAACCAAAAAUCAGGAGGAACUGCAGAAAAAAGCCAAUCAGCUUCCAACUUGCAGUCUGAUCAAAAAAAUAGUCAGUCACCCACUGAUAAAGUGCUUACUGCACAGAAACAUGAAUUUCCAUCUAUUAAAAGCUUAGCUCCAGAAAGGGACCACUCUUUUUCCAGUUUAUGGUCCAAUAACCAAUCAGCAACCAAUAAGUCUUCUACCACCAAAGAAACCGAAUCAUCAUCUGGUAAAUUAUUAAGUCCAUCAAGUGCAUCAUCACAACACAAGCAGUCACCACAAAAAAAUAAAAAAAUUGCCAGAAAAACAGUUGAACCUAAAGAGCCAGACAGGAUGCCACAGGCUGAGCAGGGCAUUAUGGGUAGUGUAGUAUCAUCACUAACAGCCAUGGCUACAGCAAGUGCUGAACCACUACUGAUAAAAGCAGCUGAAGUUCUUUCUGAAACUCAACCACAACCAAGUAUUGAGAUGUCCUCACACGCAUCAGUAUCCAAGGAAACAUCAGGAAGAAAUAUCCUGCUAGAACAGGAAGUGGACAGCACAGUUCAGGAUGUAUCAGCAAUUAUGGAAAGGGAAGACUGCAUAAUCAGACAGCAGAGUGCACAAGAUCAAAAUGAGCUAGUUUCAGAUGAAAACGAAAUGUGGGUGAGUGGUGAUGGAAAAAUAGAGGAAGAGGAACAUGAGAAGUAUGGUGAGACAGAAAGAGAGGGAGAGGGAGGUGAAGAAGAGAGUCUCACUGAGGAAGAAGAUGAACUUGAUGAGGUUGGGCAGGAAGAGGAGGAUGAUGCUGUUGAAGAUGAAGAAGGAAGAGAGAGUAAGACUUAUGAAGAUAGAGGAGAGAGUGCUCAACAGGGAGAGGAGGAAAAUGAAGAGGAGGGAAGUGAGGCAGCCAGAGAGGAAGAGGAUGACAACAAUAGUGGACAGAGCAGCAAGAGUGAAGGAGAGAUGAGUAAAGGGGAAGAAAGUGGAGAUGAGACUGAAAGAGAAGAAGGAGAGCAGAGUGAGGAUCAACAGAAAGAGGAGAGUGAGGAAGGAGAAACUGAUGAAAAGGAGGAAGAAGAUGAAGAGAGUGGUGGUGAAGAAAAGGAAGAGGAGAGGGAGAGCUGGGAUGAGGGGAGUGAGAGAGAGGUGGAAGAAGAGGAGAAAACAGAUGCAGAGGAGGAGCAGGAAGGAGAGAGCAGUAAUGAGGAGAAAACAGAUGAACAAUCUGAAAGCGACAAUGAACAAAAGAAUGAGAGUUCAGAUGAACAGGAAGGAGAGAGUGAAGAAAAGGAUGAGAGUGAGAGGGAGGAAGAGGAGGAAGAGAAUGAGACAGUGAAAGGAGACAGAGGACAGGAAGAAAAGGGGGAAGAAGGGAGCGAAGAAGAGGAUGAGUUAGGAAAUGAAGAUGAGGAGGAAAAUCAAGAAGAAGGGAGUGAUCACGAAGAGGAAGAGGAAGAAGAGAGAAGAGAUCAGGCAAAAGAAGAAGUAGGAGAGAAUAAUGAAGAGGAAGAGGGUGAAGAAGACAAGGAAGAUAAAGAUGGGGUCACAAACAAGAGUGAAGAAGAGGAGAGCGUGAGAGAAAAACAAGAGCGACAGAACGAGGUGGAAGCUGAAGAUGAGGAAAAAAUGUCAGAGACAGAUGUAGAUGAAGACGGAGAAAAACAAAAAGGGAAAGAACAGCUUGAGGAAGAGGAUGGAGAAAAAAAAGAGGACAAAAAAGAAGGGGAAAUGGAUACAGGUGAAGAGAGGUUUAGAGAAGAAGAGAAUCUAGACACGUUAGAGACACGGGACACAGGGAGAGGAGAUGAAGAUGAUGAGACGGACAAACUGAAUGAAAUGGAAGAAGAAAAUAAUGAGGAAGUAGCAGAAGAGGAAGAAACAGACCAGAAGGAAAAUAAUAAAACAACAGAGAGAAUUCAAAGGAAACAGACAGAAACUAAUGAGGAAGAAGAGGAGGGAGGUGAAGAAGUAGAAGAAGAUGAGGAGGAAGAAUCUGAGCAGGAAAACAAUAUAAAAACAAAGAAAAACAGGAGGAAACAGAGUGAAUCUAGUGAAGUGGAAGAGGAAAGUCAGGAAGAGGAGGAAGAAUCUGAGCAUGAAGAAAAUACAAAAACAGAGAAAAACAGGAGGAAACAGAGUGAAUCUAGUGAAGUGGAUGAAGAACAGGAAGAAGAGAGUGGAGAAGAGGAAGUAGAAUCUGAGCAGGAAGAAAAUAAUAUAAAAACAGAGAAAAACAGGAGGAAACCGAGUGAAUCUAGUGAAGAGGAAGAAGAAAGUGAAGAAGAGGAGGAAGAAUCUGAACAGGAAGAAAAUAUAAAAACAGAGAAAUACAGGAAGAAACAAAGAGAAUCUAGUGAAGAGGAAGAAGAAAGUGAGGAAGAGGAGGAAGAAUCUAAGCAGGAAGAAAAUAUAAAAACAGAGAAAAACAGGAGGAAACAGAGAGAAUCUAGUGAGGAGGAAGAACAGGAAGAAGAGAGUGAGGAGGAGGAGGAGGAGGAAAUAGAGCAGAUAGAAAAGAAUAUAAAAUCAGAAAGUAGUGAAGAGGAAGAAGAACAGAGUGGAGGUGACGAAGAGCAAGAGGAUGAAGAAGAAACAGAGCUUGAAGAAAAGAAUAAUAAAAAAGAUAAACAUGGAAGUUAUGAGGAAGAAGAACAGGAAGAAGAGGGUGAGGAAGAGGGGGAGGAAGAAAUGGAGCAGGAAGAGGAGAAUUUAAAAACUGAGAAAAAUGAGAGGAAACGAAGAGAAACUAGUGAAGAGGAAGAAGAACAGGAAGAAGAGACUGAGGAAGAGGAGGAGGAAGGGGAAGAACAAGAAAGUGAGGAGGAAGAAGAAGGUGAGGAAGAAGAGCAAGAGGAAGAAAAGACCAAAAAAGUAACAAAGCAGAGAGCCAAACCAGAUGCGUUGCCUUCGCGCAGACAGACGAGUGCACAGAGAGACAGACAGAAGACUAGACAAAGACAUCAAAAGGAUGUUAAAGGAAAGAAGCAAACAGCUAGUGGUGCUCAGGACCCUCAGUUCUGGAACAAUGUCCUGCCACAGUAUCUAAACCUUAAAUGAUCCCAAAGUGUGCAGCGCACUACAAACACAGACACCACCCUGAACAUCUGACUGUAUAUGGAGAGUUCACAGGCCUUGACCUUUGAAAAGUGUUGUGGAUCAGUUCUUUAAACAGGGAAACACUAAAUGUGUUUGAUGGAUGUUGAAGAAAUGAACGUAUUAUGGUUUGAAUUCUGAUUUAGUAUGAUACACAUCCCUUAAAGGGCUGGUUGUUACUUGUCACUCACGUCUUUAUGGGGAUUCUUGAAUAUUAAGUGCCUUGACUGAAAUGAUUCCAAUCAUAUGCAAUUAUAUAUUGUCAUAGUGUUAUAUGAAUGUUAAUUUUCAAGCACAAAUGCGUGAAGUAUUUAUUUCUGUGUACACAAAGUAAAAUAAACCACUGCGUUGGUGAUUUUUUUUA